AUGGGUAAUAUCAUGUCCGCAAGUUUUGCCCCAGAGUGCACUCCUCUGAAAGAAGAGUAUGACAAGUGUUUCAAUCAUUGGUACAGUGAAAAAUUCCUCAAAGGCCAGUCCAGGGAAAAUGAAUGCGCAGAGCAGUGGUAUACAUACAUGGAGUGUGUCGAUAAACAUCUCAUAAAACAGGGUAUUAAGCCUGCGCUUGAGGAGGCCCGCAAAGAGGCUCCGUUCGAGAAAGAGGGUAAUACUUCGGAAAAGUGA